CUGCUGUUCAAAGAAUGGGCGGGUAUAUAAACAUACACGAGUAAACAGGUAUAAUCAUUCUCUGAAUUUUCAAAGAGACACUGAACCGAACUGCUUUGCAAUGCCCAGGAACACAUGCGAAUACCAGCUGCUGUUUCUGCUCUGUUUUCUGAUGAAAAACUGUCAUGCUUUCAAAAAUGAUGCCACUGAAGAGUUGUAUGGGCACAUGGUCGCAUCACCUCACGAGACUCCGAACAACGCCUCUUUAAAUCGAGCACGCAACGGAGGAAGACGAACGGAGAGCCGAGACCAAAAAGAACAGCACCAGGUCGGUUGCAGGGAGCUGAGGUCCACUAAAUACAUAUCUGACGGCCAGUGCACAAGCCUGAAUCCUGUAAAGGAGUUAGUGUGUGCCGGAGAAUGUCUACCCACCCACCUGCUUCCCAACUGGAUCGGUGGAGGUCACUACUGGAGCAGACGUGAUGCCCAGGAGUGGCGCUGUGUCACUGACCGCACACGCACCCAGCGCAUUAAACUCCAGUGCCAGGACGGCAGCACACGCACCUAUAAGAUCACCGCUGUCACAUCCUGCACGUGCAAGAGAUACACACGCCAACACAACGAGUCCUCUCAUGCACCUCAGAGUCCCUCAAAGGAUCCUCAGAACCCCAAGAAGAGAAAAAGCAAAAAUAAAAAUUCAAAGCUCAAUCCUAAAAAUGAAUAGCGUCUACAACCCUGUGCUCAUUGAAGGAAAGGGACUAUGAACU